GAGUGUUGGCCGCUGCGGCCUCUCAACGUCAUCUAGGCAACAGGAAGAUCAUGUUAGCCGCUUUAAAACUCUUCUAACCGAACUAACCAUAGAGUCAGUUCUGUUCCGCGUCAGUUUCAUCAACGUCGCUCUUGCCCAAAUUCUAACCCGCCCUGCGUUUUGGUUUACCUUGAAAGAAUAAAAAGAAAAAAAAGCAGGCUGAAAUCCAAAAUUUAAAAAAAAUGUCGCUGUUCCAGUCGGCGCUCGAUUUCCUCGCCGGGCCCGGCUCGGUCGGAGCAGCAAGCCGGGACCAGAACGACUUUGUGGGACAGAUGGUUGAAAUGGGUGACAUUAAACUACGGAUCAAGAGAGUGAUUGCUGAAGGUGGUUUUGCCUUUGUGUAUGAAGCUCAGGAUAUCAGCAGUGGCAAAGACUACGCUCUCAAGCGACUCUUGUCUAAUGAAGAUGAGAAGAACAAGGAAAUUAUCCAAGAAGUUUGCUUCAUGAAAAAACUGUCGGGACAUCCCAAUGUGGUCCAGUUCUGCUCGGCCGCCUCCGUUGGCAAAGAGGAUUCCGAUACAGGACAGGCGGAGUUCCUCAUCCUGACUGAACUCUGCAAAGGCCAACUGGUGGACUUCCUUCGGCGAGUGGAGCAACGAGCCCCCGUGUCCUGCGACACGGUACUGAAGAUUUUUUAUCAGACGUGCCGUGCUGUGCAGCACCUGCACAAACAGAAGCCCCACGUUAUACACAGAGACCUCAAGAUUGAAAACCUGCUGAUUAGUAACCAAGGCACCAUCAAACUGUGCGAUUUUGGCAGUGCUACCACUGUCGCUCAUUACCCUGACUACAGCUGGUCCGCACAGAAGCGGUCCAUGGUGGAGGAUGAGAUCACAAGGAACACUACUCCAGCGUACCGGACUCCUGAAAUGAUUGACCUCUACUCUAACUAUCCCAUCAAUGAGAAGCAAGACAUCUGGGCUCUAGGCUGCAUCCUCUACCUGUUGUGCUUCAAGCAGCACCCAUUCGAAGAAGGUGCCAAGCUGCAGAUUGUCAACGGGAAGUACUCCAUGCCACAGAACGACUCCAAGUACACGGUCUACCAUGAGCUCAUACGCUCCAUGUUGAAGGUGAACCCUGUGGAGCGGCUCUCCAUUACAGAGUUGGUUAACCAGCUUCAGGAAAUAGCAGCGGCACGAAACGUCAACCCUAAAUCCCCCAUAACAGAGCUUCUGGAGCAGAAUGGAGGCUUCGGGAGUAACGGGGCGGCAGCAACGACAGCAGCGGGUGCACCAUUGCAAAUCCAACAAAACGUGCACAGCAAUGCAGGCAUCUUUGACCCUGACCAAUCGGGAAGUGGAUUACUGGACAUCCUCAAGGGAGGAACGGAGCGCUUCUUGACUAACAUCAAGGAUACCUCCUCUAAGGUCAUCCAGUCUGUUGCCAGUUAUGCCAAAGGUGACCUGGAUAUAUCCUACAUCACCUCCAGAAUAGCAGUUAUGUCAUUCCCAGCGGAAGGUGUGGAGUCGGCGAUAAAGAACAACAUUGAGGACGUGCGCCUAUAUCUAGAUUCGCGGCACCCGGGACACUACGCUGUCUACAAUCUGUCCAAGCGCUCUUACAGGCCAUCCCGCUUCCACAACCGGGUUUCCGAAUGCAACUGGCAGGUUCGCCGUUCGCCCAACCUGCGCAGUCUUUACAGUGUGUGCAAGAACAUGCAUCAGUGGCUUAAGCAGGACCAGAGGAAUAUCUGCGUGGUUCAUUGCCUGGAUGGAAGGGCGGCGUCCGCUGUGGCUGUUUGCUCCUUCCUGUGCUUCUGCCGCCUCUUCACCACGGCCGAAGCAGCGGUCUACAUGUUUUCCAUGAAGCGAUGCCCGCCCGGCAUAGCCCCCUCACACAAGAGGUACAUUGAGUACAUGUGUGACAUGAUGGCCGAGGAGCCAAUCAUACCACACUGCAAGCCCGUGAUCAUCCACGGCAUCACCAUGACGCCCGUGCCACUCUUCAACAAGCAGCGCAACGGGUGUCGGCCCUUCUGCGAGGUCUACUUAGGAGACGAGAGGGUCCUCACAACAUCCCGGGAGUACGACAGGCUGAAGGACUUCAAGAUGGAGGAUGGAAGAGCAGAAAUUCCCCUAAACGUGACCGUUCGAGGAGAUGUGCUGGUGGUGAUCUACCACGCUAGGUCUACACUGGGAGGACGUCUGCAAGCCAAGAUGGCCUCCAUGAAAAUGUUUCAGAUACAGUUUAAUACAGGCUUCAUCCCCAGAAAUGCUACGACUGUAAAGUUUGCCAAGUAUGACCUAGAUGCCUGCGACAUCCAGGAGAAAUAUCCCGACUUGUUCCAGGUCAACCUGGAUAUCGAAGUGGAGCCCUGGGACCGGCCUAGUGCCAAAACACCGCCUUGGGAUGGCUUCCAAACAAAAGGCCUCAAUCCUAAGAUCCUAUUUUCCACUCGUGACGAACAGCAGGAGAUCCUCAGCAAGUUUGGUAAACCGGAACUACCUCGUCAGCCAGGAUCCUCAGCGUUCUACGACUCCAGUUUACCGCCACAGCAGCCUGCUGAAACACCAGAAACCUCUCCGGCCACUGAAACAGAAUCUCCGGUGAGCAGCGACAACAAUGGAAACAACUUCUUCCAGACGCUGGAUUGGGAAGAUGUCAGCGGGCCUCAGGAUGCCUCAGGUUUCCUAACGGGAGGAUCCAGCAAUGAGCAGGAAGACCUGAGCGACCAGUCGGAAGAAGAGUCUUACACACACUCAGUCCCCAGUGGCGAGUCGCAGGACACCGGCGUGUCACUCUUCGAUGCCAACUUCCAGACUUCAGUCUCUACCGCUGAGGGUUCUCCUGCCAACGACACAGCCGAUCUCUUAGGUUUGAACUCCGAACUCCAACCACCACCGGCGUCCUCAGAUGGCUUGAAGGCCUCUUCUAGCCAUAGCGACCUCCUCAACGACCUGUUUGCGCCACCUGCUGGACACACGGCGGCGACGGCCCAGGAGGAUUUGUUUUUCAGCGGCUCCAAACCCAUAAGCGACCCCUUCGACCCGUUUGGAAUGGGUUCUAGUUCAGGAAUGGGCUCCAGUGUGGGGUCCUCUCGUCAGGCCUCUGGCCCUGACCUGUUUGGGGACCUGAUGGGUUCUGGUGGGUCUGCAUCAGAAAAACCCGCUCCGGCUUCCAACACCAGCCUCUUUAACCUCCAUAAAUUAGUGGACAGCACUCCCAAGAUGACAUCAUCAGCCAGUCAUCCAGACCUCCUGGGUGGGUGGGACAGCUGGGCAGCGAGCACGUCGGCAGGCAUGAGCUCCACUUCUGGCAGGCCUGCCUACGUCAAUACAGCCUCGAGCACGUCGUCCAUGUCAAAGGCCAAGUCUCAGACCUUCGAUCCUUUUGCUGACCUCGGGAACCUGGGUUCCAAUUUACCAAGUUCUUCAAACAGUAACCUCCCUGGGCCAAUGAAGAAUACCCCUUCCUCCUCUUCGUCUUCAACGAAGCCUCAAGGCCUGCCAUCCUGGCAGCCCGGCCGAGUCUCCCAGAGCCACAACAAGCCCUGGCGGACAGGAUCCAGGUCUGAAGGCCAAGCAUCAUCGGUGCCUCAGGCUGCUGGCCCUCAGGCCGGCAAGCCCAACUACAACCUUAAUUUCCCCAGUGUCAUCGGAGGCCGUGAGGAAAGAGGUGUUCGGGCUCCGGGAUUCGGCCCCAAACCAAAAGUCAAGGAGGAUGACUUUGGAGACCUGCUGUCCACUCAGGGCUUUUCCUCUAAGCUGGAUAAAAAAGGGCCAAGGACCAUCGCAGAAAUGAGGAGGGAGGAGAUCACAAAGGAAGUAGAUCCUCUUAAAUUGCAGAUCUUGGACUGGAUCGAGGGCAAGGAAAGGAACAUCCGAGCGCUGCUGUCUACGUUACACACGGUGCUGUGGGAGGGCGAGAACCGUUGGAAGCCGGUCGGCAUGGCCGACCUGGUAACGCCUGACCAGGUGAAGAGGUUCUACAGGAAGGCUGUCCUAGUUGUCCAUCCAGAUAAGGCGACGGGCAAGCCAUAUGAGGACUACGCGAAAAUGAUCUUCAUGGAGCUCAACGACGCCUGGUCUGAGUUUGAGAACCAGGGAUCAAAAGCUCUCUUUUAGUGGAAAGAAAAACAAUAAAAAAUGACACACAGAAAACCAGUCUAGAUUUGGACUGGAUUCGAACAAAAAUCGAGCCUUAGUGGACACGGCUGAGCCCACAUUGGGUCUUUUUGGGGAGGGGCAGGGAGAGGUUGUGUCUGAGAGGUUAUGCCCCUUUCACGCUCCACAUCCUUGCUACACUUGUGAAAAAUAGAAAAAACUCUGCCACUAACACUGCCAGUAGUGACAAUCGGAGAGCGAGCAAGGAAUUCCCAAAUGCUGAUGAAUCGUAACUAAUCUUACACACAAAAGAGACUUCAAGAUAAAAUAGUAACAGUUGAUAUGUUGCCUGUCAGUAUUGCAGACCACAUGUACAAAAUGGCUGCUAAACACCACAUGUGAUGCUUUUAUUACUAUCGUUGGCACACGCAAUCGUACACCAGUUAGCAUAGUGCUAAUAUCUUAUUUAAAAAAAUAAAUAAAAAAAGCAACACCCACAAAUACAAAGUGCACCUUUUCCCCCCCCAACCCACCAGCUUGUGUAAUGCUUUGUGGCUAGCCAUUAAAAGCAAGGCUCUUAAAAAAUGGAGGGUGGCGAACAUUUAAUUAGUGUCAUGCUAACUAUUAAAACCCUCCGAAAUCAAAGCAGUUUAUCUUGAAAGCCGUAGGUUAACCUGUCAGCCUCAUGCUCUGCUCUGCUAUGCUGAUUUCUGAUUAAUGUCAUGAAGCAUAACAGGGUGAGCGUUAUAUAUAUUUGGAGGGGUCCAUUGUGUGUAUAAUUAUUGUAAAUACAAAACACCCAUCAAGUGACUUUGUGAAGAUGAUGUUUGAGUGACAGAUUUAUGUGUGUGUAUACGUGCGUGCUUGUGUGUGUUUUCUAAGAAUAACAUGACACGCUUGUUAAUUGACUUCCAUCUUUUUAGCUCGCUCACAUUUUUACCUCAUGGACCAAUCCGAUCAUGUUCUUAUUUAUUAUUAUUAUUAUUAGUUUUUGGACAUUCUCUUCAUGCCUAAUUAAAAAGAAUUAGAAUUCAAAAAAGUAUUGGUUAGAUUUUCAUAUGAUAAUAUAUAAUUAGAGGGUGACAGGGACAUGUCCGAGGAUUCUUUCAUGAUUUCAUUCCAAAGGUGAAUAACAAUGUUUUUUUUUUUUUUUUUUUUUU